AUGGCGUCGAAGAUAGCCAACUCCGCCGAGCCAUCCAAGCACCAGGAGGCCGACCCGGAGAGAGGCGAGGGAGAGGCGGUAGACUACCUCGCCCGAGCGAACUGGCUGCGUGCGGCCGUCCUCGGCGCGAACGACGGCCUGGUGUCCGUGGCCUCCCUCAUGGUCGGGGUCGGCGCGGUGAACCAAACCGCAAAGGCGAUGGUCGUCUCGGGCCUGGCCGGGCUGGUGGCCGGGGCCUGCAGCAUGGCCAUCGGCGAGUUCGUCUCUGUCUACGCCCAGUACGACAUCAUGAAGGCCCAGAAGGAGCGGACAGCCUCCGAGUCAUCCGGGGCCGGCGAAGAAGAGGAGUCCCUGCCGAGCCCGCUGAAGGCGGCGGGAGCCUCCGCCUUCUCCUUUUUCCUGGGCGCCGUCCUGCCGCUCCUGGCUGGCGGCUUCAUCAGGCCCUGGGCCGCCAGGGUUGGAGCGGUCUGCGGGGUGACCACCUUGGGCCUGGCCGGGUUUGGCGCCGCGGGUGGUCUGCUAGGCGGCGCCGCCGUUGGGAAGUCCUCCAUCAGGGUGGUAAUCGGGGGUUGCCUCGCGAUGCUAAUCACCUACGGCGUGCUACGACUCUUCGGGCUCGUUUUCCAAAUGCAAGUCUCCGCCUCGGCCUAG